AUGGUUAAAGUCAAAAACAAGCGAAACUCGGGACUCGCUGACAAAGUGCAUAACAAACGGAAGGCUGAUAUUAAAAAUAAAAGGUUGAAUCCAUUUGAAGUUCAUAUAAACAAAGAAAAGAUUAAAGUUUUAGGUAAAAAAUCGAAACAUGAUCGUGGGUUGCCUGGUGUUUCGCGCGCUAAAGCCAUACAGAAGAGAAAAGAAACCCUGGGCACAGAAAUGAAGCUCAUGAAUAAGACUAACACAUUCAUAGACCGUCGUAUUGGUGAGAAGAACAACCAGCUGUCGGCUGAAGACCGUAUGAUUGCAAGAUUUGCUGCAGAACGUGCAAAGCAGCAUGGCAAAAAGAACAUUUAUAACUUGGCUGAUGAUGAGAUAUUGACUCACAGAGGACAAACAUUAGAGCAAAUAGAAAAGUUUGAUGAUCCCAAAUCAUCAGAUGAUGAAGAUGAAGAAGGAAGAAAAUUCGGUGGAUUGGAUGACGAAUUCGUGUCCGAAGGCCACUUUGGUGGAGGUAUUCUAUCAAAAACAGAGCAAGAUGGAGCUAAAUCGCACAAGGACCUAAUAGAGCAGCUCAUAGCCGAAUCCAAGAAGCGUAAAGCAGAAAAACAGAAAGAAAAAGAGCAAACUUUAGACUUGACAGAAAAGUUGGACAGUGAGUGGAAGGAUUUGCAACCUGUAGUAUUCAAGCGGCCAAGGAUGGAGGAAAAAAAUGAAGAAUCAAUUAUUGAUAAGUUGUUAAGUAAAACCGAGAAGAAAAGUGCUGAUUACGAUAAGAUGAUGAGAGAAUUGAAGUUUGAUAGACGAGGCACUCCAUCAGACGGGUUGAAGAACGACGAAAAGCAAGCUAAAGAGGAACGGGAGAAACUGGAAAAGCUGGAGAAAGAGAGGCAAAUGAGGAUGUACGGUGAUCACGAGAUAGAUGCGCCCAAAGUGCAACAAACUGCUGCUAAACACAGAUCGGCUGAUGAUUUAGAUGACAAUUUCGAAUUAGAGGACGAGAAAGAAUUCAUGCUGGCUUAUGACAAAGAUGGAAAACCUCUGGUGCCCGAUGAUAUAUUGAAGACUUACUCAGUUCCAAACGCUAAGCCGAAAUUUGAAGACGGUAUAUCAGAUACGUCAGAAGAAGAUGAUGACGAUGAUGAAGACGGUGAUAGUGAAGGAGAUGAUAAUGAUGAAAUAGCACAAGACGACGAAAAAGAAGUAGAAUCUAAUGAGCAGUCUGAUGAUCAAAGUGAUGAUGAAAGCCAAAUAAAGACAUGUAAUGAAAACGUUAAAGUGAACAGAGAAGUUGAUGCUGUUGAAAAUAAACAAAAAGGGAAAGAUGCAAACACAAAAGAUUUAGAAAGAAAUAAUAAGCAAAAAGAUAAAGAUGUGAAAAGUAGUGCAGGAAAAGGAUCACUUAAAAUUUCUAAGAGUGAUGAAUUAUCAAACAAUGAUGAAAAUGAAGGUUCAAAUGACGACAAAGAGAUUAAUAAUGAAGAAUCCAGUGGGGAAGAAAGUGAUGAUGAAGAAUCAAGUAGUGAAGACGGAGAUAAAAAUGAUGAUUUCAGAGAUUUGAAGGUGUCCGAUGAAGAGAGCGGUGAUGAACUGACAGAGGAUGUUGAAGACAAAAUUACACUGUUCUUCGAUGUUAAAGGUGAUGAAGGAGAGAAUUUAAAGGAUCUUCUGUCAGACAAAACGCCUACCCAACAAUCUACUACUUUACAAAAAUUGAUUCAAAGUUACGAUCCCGGAUUAUCCGAGAAUAACAAAGAAAAACAAAGCCGGCUAUUUGCUCACAUGCUUCAAUAUAUUAACGACAUAUUCACCGACCUACAAAACGAAGGAGAUGUUAUUAAAGCAUUUUUGAUAUUUGACAAACUUGCUCCACAUUUCUAUUCUUUAACACAAACAAACAAAGUGUCUUCUAAGAAAUUUAUAGUCGAAUUACUAAAAGAAAAACAUGACAAAUUCAAAAAGAAUCCCAGAAAGGUUCCCGAUUUAGAUACGUUGAUAUUUUUCAAAUUAGUAUCAUUACUGUAUCCUACUUCUGAUUUCAGACAUCCAGUAACGACGCCAUCUUUAGUUUUUAUGUCCGAAAUUCUUACUUUAUCCAAAUUCAAUAACGCAUAUUCGGUUUCAAGGGGAUUAUUUAUUGUUGCGUUAGUUCUAGAAUACACAGCUUUAUCAAAAAGAUUUGUUCCAUCUGCCAUAAACUUUUUAAGAGGAAUAUUAUAUUUGGCGGCAAAUACUUCCAUAUUAAAUCCUGUACAAGUCGUCCCGCCAUUCAGAUUACACAAAGACGCCAAAAUUUUGAAUUUAGCAGACGAUUGUAGCGAAAUGGAAGUCGGCGACAAAAUGGCGGCAAGAGAUUUAGUUUUAAAAACCAUUGACAAUGGUUUUAAAAUAACCAGUUUAUUAUCAUGUGCGAUGAUGUUAAAAGAGUUUUUCAAUAAUUUUAAUGACUUGGAAGCUCAGGAAUGCAUUAUUAAGCCGCAUUUACAUCUGUUUAGUUGGAUCGAUUUGGAGUUAUAUCCAAAGAAAGUAGCGAGCAAAAUAACCGAGACGGUGAAAUUUAUAAAAGAAGGCUUAGAAAUGAAGACAUAUACACCGUUGUCGAGGGAAAAGAAGAAGCUUAAGAUCUUAAGAUUAUACGAACCAGAUUUCCAAGAAUUCUUCACGGAUAGCAAGAGCUCGAAGCUGACGCGCGAGCAGGCCGAGCGCGCCCGGCUGGAAAACAAGGUCAAGAAGGAGAUGAAGGGCGCCCUCAGGGAGAUCCGGCGGGACAAGGCGUACAUCGCUUCUGUCAAGAUUCGGCAGAAGAUACAGAGCGACAACAUCCGCAAAGCAAAAGUGAAACAGAUCUACAAAGACGCGGCCAUACAACAAGGGGAAUUGAACAAAUUGAAACGCAUGAAGUGAUCUUAAUUAUGUUUAUUUUUUUAUGUAAAUAUAAUCUUCGAUAAAUUGUAUACAAAUGUUUAUCUUAAACCUAGUGUGCCAGUGGCGAAGAAAUGAUAAGUAGUGAAGUUGAAAGUUGCGACGUUAUUACAUACCACUG